CCUGGGCGGAAGUUUCUGAGCGCCAUAUAGCGGAAGUGUGUCUGCUUCCGCUCUCUUUGGUCUCGGCCACAGACGCGCUAUGACGAAGGGAACGUCAUCGUUUGGAAAGCGUCGGAAUAAGACGCAUACGUUGUGCCGCCGCUGUGGCUCUAAGGCCUACCACCUACAAAAGUCCACCUGUGGCAAAUGUGGCUAUCCUGCUAAGCGCAAGAGAAAGUAUAACUGGAGUGCCAAGGCUAAAAGAAGAAAUACCACUGGGACUGGUCGGAUGAGGCACCUAAAAAUUGUGUACCGCAGAUUCAGGCAUGGAUUCCGUGAAGGAACAACGCCUAAACCCAAGAGGGCAGCUGUUGCAGCAUCCAGUUCAUCUUAAGAAUUUCAACAAUUAGUCAUGCAAUAAAUGUUUUGGUUUUUAAAAAU